CCCCCUCGACUUCCCCCCUUUGUUAAUUAAAACUAAGAAGUAAGAAUGGCAACGACGUGGCCGGCUCCCGUGGAGAACGCUUAAGGACACCACGCCAAUUCCUUCCUUCCGAGAUGGAAAGAGGAGCUCCUAGCUCAUUUAAGCCGGGGUAGGGCUGGUUCUCCUUUCCGAGCCAAAAUCCCAGGCGAUGGUGAAUUAUGAACGUGCCACACCAUGAAGCUCUUGUGGCAGGUAACUGUGCACCACACCUGGAAUGCCGUCCUGCUCCCCGUAGUCUACCUCGCGGCGCAAGUGUGGAUUCUGUGUGCAGCCAUCGCCGCUGCCGCCUCCGCCGGGCCCCAGAACUGCCCAUCCGUUUGCUCGUGCAGUAACCAGUUCAGCAAGGUGGUGUGCACCCGCCGGGGCCUCUCCGAGGUCCCUCAGGGUAUCCCCUCCAACACCCGGUACCUCAACCUCAUGGAAAACAACAUCCAGAUGAUCCAGGCCGACACCUUCCGCCACCUCCACCACCUGGAGGUUCUGCAGCUGGGCAGGAACUCCAUUCGGCAGAUCGAGGUGGGGGCCUUCAACGGCCUGGCCAGCCUCAACACCCUGGAGCUGUUCGACAACUGGCUGACAGUCAUCCCCAGUGGGGCCUUUGAGUACCUGUCCAAGCUGCGGGAGCUCUGGCUUCGCAACAACCCCAUAGAAAGCAUCCCCUCUUAUGCCUUCAACCGGGUGCCCUCCCUCAUGCGCCUGGACUUGGGGGAGCUCAAGAAGCUGGAGUAUAUCUCCGAGGGCGCUUUUGAGGGACUGUUCAACCUCAAGUACCUGAACUUGGGCAUGUGCAACAUUAAAGAUAUGCCCAAUCUCACCCCCUUGGUGGGGCUGGAAGAGCUGGAGAUGUCAGGCAACCACUUCCCUGAGAUCAGGCCUGGCUCCUUCCAUGGCCUAAGCUCCCUCAAGAAGCUGUGGGUCAUGAACUCACAGGUCAGCCUGAUUGAGCGAAAUGCUUUUGAUGGGCUGGCCUCGCUUGUGGAACUCAACUUGGCCCACAAUAACCUCUCUUCUUUGCCCCAUGACCUCUUCACCCCACUGAGGUACCUGGUGGAAUUGCACCUGCACCACAAUCCUUGGAACUGCGAUUGUGACAUUCUGUGGCUAGCCUGGUGGCUUCGGGAAUACAUACCCACCAAUUCUACCUGCUGUGGCCGCUGUCACGCUCCCUUGCACAUGCGGGGCCGCUACCUGGUGGAGGUGGACCAGGCCUCCUUCCAGUGCUCUGCCCCCUUCAUCAUGGAUGCCCCGCGGGACCUCAACAUCUCCGAGGGUCGGAUGGCAGAACUUAAGUGUCGGACUCCCCCCAUGUCCUCUGUGAAGUGGCUGCUGCCCAAUGGGACAGUGCUCAGCCACGCCUCCCGCCACCCAAGGAUCUCUGUCCUCAACGACGGCACCUUGAACUUUUCCCACGUGCUGCUCUCAGACACUGGGGUAUACACAUGCAUGGUGACCAAUGUGGCCGGUAACUCCAACGCUUCGGCCUACCUCAACGUGAGCACGGCCGAGCUCAACACCUCCAACUACAGCUUCUUCACCACUGUCACAGUGGAGACCACCGAGAUCUCACCUGAGGAUACAACGCGCAAGUACAAGCCUGUUCCUACUACGUCCACUGGUUAUCAGCCGGCGUAUACCACCUCUACCACGGUGCUGAUCCAGACCACCCGUGUGCCCAAGCAGGUACCCGCGACAGACACCAAUGAUAAGAUGCAGACCAGCCUGGAUGAAGUCAUGAAGACCACCAAGAUCAUCAUUGGCUGCUUUGUGGCAGUGACUCUGCUAGCUGCCGCCAUGUUGAUUGUCUUCUAUAAACUUCGCAAGCGGCACCAGCAGAGGAGUACAGUCACAGCCGCCCGGACAGUUGAGAUUAUCCAGGUGGAUGAAGACAUCCCAGCGGCAGCGUCUGCAGCGGCAACAGCAGCUCCAUCCAGUGUAUCAGGUGAGGGGGCAGUAGUGCUGCCCACAAUUCAUGACCAUAUUAACUACAACACCUACAAACCAGCACAUGGGGCCCACUGGACAGAAAACAGCCUGGGGAACUCUCUGCACCCCACAGUCACCACAAUCUCUGAACCUUAUAUAAUUCAGACCCAUACCAAGGACAAGGUACAGGAAACUCAAAUAUGACUCCCCCUCCCCCCAAAAACUUAUAAAAUGCAAUAGAAUGCACACACACACACACACACACACACACACACGAGACAGCAACUUUUGUACAGAGUGGGGAGAGACUUUUUCUUGUAUAUGCUUAUAUAUUAAAUCUAUGGGCUGGUAAAAGAAACAGAUUAUAUUAAAAUUUAAAAACAAAAAAUCAAAACAAAACUAUUUUCUAACUUGUAAGUUCUAUUUAAAGGGGGAGUGGGGUUCUUGGGAACGCUGUGGGGCUGAAGCCGCAAGUCAACCUGCUAUGAUGCCAGAAGGGAUUUCUGAUCUGAGGCUGAAACUGCUAAGCUAAGC